UUCCGGUGUGCUUGUUCGCAGCGAAAAAAAAGAAUAUAACGUUAAUUCAAGUGCACCGCAAGUAAAACCAAACCAUCCGCCAAGAUGUCGUACAUGUUAGCGCAUUUACAUAACGGCUGGCAAGUUGACCAAGCCAUUCUGUCCGAGGAGGACCGUGUCGUAGUCAUACGAUUCGGACACGAUUGGGACCCAACGUGCAUGAAAAUGGACGAGGUGCUGUACAACAUCGCCGAGAAGGUGAAAAACUUUGCUGUAAUCUACCUGGUGGACAUAACGGAGGUGCCCGAUUUCAACAAAAUGUACGAACUGUACGAUCCCUGCACGGUGAUGUUCUUCUUUCGUAACAAACACAUCAUGAUCGAUUUGGGCACGGGUAACAACAACAAAAUCAACUGGCCGCUCGAGGAUAAGCAGGAGAUGAUCGACAUCGUCGAAACGGUGUACCGGGGCGCUCGAAAAGGUCGCGGUUUAGUAGUUUCGCCAAAGGAUUAUUCCACCAAAUAUCGAUAUUAG